GCACAGACAACAUGGCUUUUUACAGAAGCUUCAGCACAUCCAGAUUUCUCUUUUUCACAGUUUUUGCCCUCUGUGUGGCCUUUAUACAUACAGAAACUGUGGCUGAGGCUUCUCCCACACUACAUAGUGAUAACCAGGGCACGCAGUCUGGGGAUGAUGGAACAGAUGUAGGCCAGGUCACAACUAAAGAACCGAAUCCGGAUGUGACACAGCCCAAUCACACUGUGGAGUACACUGACAUCCUGGACACCACGACAAUGGAGGAGGAAGUUGUCCUUGGCCCCGGUGCCAUAACUGCCAUAGUCAUCGCUGUGUUCCUCGGUGCCUCUGUUCUCCUCGCCCUCAUCGUCAUCACACUCAGAAAAUUCACUGCCUCUUAGAGCUGGAUGACCACCUCUUUAUCUCUCUCUCUAUC